UAACAUGAAACCUUUAAACGCCUUUGACGUACUCCAGGAGGAAUAUAAAUACCUGCAAUCAACGCUAGAACUUGAAGGCACAGAUCUCAUAGGCCAUCUGUUUGCAAAUAAAGUUCUCAGUCACGACCAAAUGGAUUUGAUAGAAAAAACGCCGCAAAAGAGUAAAAAGGUCAGAAUCCUGGUCGGCUUCUUGAUUAAAAGGCCAACCAGUGACUUCAAGCAUCUCAUGAAAGGACUGGCAGGCGACCAAGGUCAUGUAAAAGACCAUCUUCAAGACCGUUUGGAGAAGUGUAAGCAGACUGACUAUAUAUUUUUGAGCCACAAAGUGGAAACUGCUAAUACUGAAGUGGAGAUGGGGGAGCACAAUGAAGAUAUGGAUGAAGACACUGCUGAAGACAGAAAUGUAGACGAUGAUGAGGAAGUAACUUCUGGCAGCGAAGAUGAAGACAGUGAGGAAGACAGCGGUUGCCCCAGGAUGAACUUGGCAGAUAUUAAGACAGCUCCAAAAAUACCGCAUUUAGUAGUGUUUGUGACAGUAGUAGAAAGGAACGAAACCGAAAUGCGAAAUGGCAAGGAGCAGUUUAUGGCUGAAGUUGCCGACACAACAUCUGCAGUCGACAUCUGUGUUACAAACGGAAAAGUGUUUGACAAAUUCAAGGUUAAUUCUGGUCUUAUCUUGGAAAACGUGAGCUGGAGCGGAAAUGUGUUAUUUCUGCAUAAAAAAUCAAACGCGACGAGCACUACCCCCAUCGAAAUUGAUUCGUCUUUAGUUAAAGAAGCCUUUGGCAGAGAAGAGGUUGUCUCCAUCAAAAAAGCUCUUGCCCUUCAGCCCAGGUCAUGGGUUGCACUAAAAGGAAAGAUCGUGAAGCAAUCGUUUCUCACUAAAAGAUAUUCCUUUGGAAAGUUGCUGACACACCGUCAGAUCAAACUGGCAGACCGGUCAGGUUCUGGCUAUGUUGAUAUCUGGGAAGAUGAAGCCGUCAACCUUGAAAGUGGUGACGUCAUCCACAUGACUGGAUGCAAAAGGAAGAAAUAUGAAUCUGUCGAUGAAUCCUCGGUGACAACCACCAGGAAGACAAAUGUGAAGAAACUGAAAAAAACAGAGUUCGGUGAUAUUAAUAUCGCCCAGGGAUUCGCGAAGGGCACCCUUGAAGACACUGAGGUUGAAAUGUACAAAUCUUGCCCCAAACCAGGGUGUUAUAAUUUCGAGCAUGACGACAACGACGUCUGUGAAUCAUGUGGAUCUCCUGUCAGACGCCCAGAUUGUUAUGCAACUGCUCACGUCAUCGUCACCACACCAAAGGACAACAUUCGAACAUUGACAGUGUUCUGGCCACAGCUGCGUGAACUAUAUAGCUUGUUUGACAAAGAAAUAUCAUUGCAGAGUGGUAAGCCUACAAUUGAAGACUGGUUUCAGUACCUGCGGGGCAAAACGGUCAGAUAUCAAACCUGUGGUAAUGUGACAAAAUUCAGACUGUAAGCAUUCAAUGAGAUACGGUUCAUUUUGUCAGUUUGUAACAAAC